GUUGAAAUUCCAAUAAAUUUACGGUAUAUAUAGUUAUUUGCAUUGUACGAAAUUUAUUCUGAGUUUCGGAGUUCUUUAUCCAGAAAACAUGUCCACUUUUGCUUUCCUGCUGCUCUGCGUACAAGCUUGCCUCAUUCAGCAAGCCUACAGCCAAGCUAUCUUUGGUGGGUACGGUCUGGGUCCUUCAUACGGUGCUGUGGGUUAUGGCGGAACUGAAGUGACUGCCGUCGAGGUUGACACCUUUGCCGCUGGCGCGAGUGGCUACAACGGCGGCUUGGGAAUUAACAACUUGGGUCUGGCUGGCAUCAACAACUUAGGACUGGCUGGUGGCUUAGGAGUAGCCGGCGUUAACAACCUAGGACUUGGCAUCAACUCUGGACUUGGUCUUGGAAUCAACUCCGGUCUCGGAUUGGGAGUUGGCAAUGUCGGAAUUGGCGGACUUGGCGUUGGCUCGGUCGGUCUUGCCGGCGUCGGCGCUGGCUACGGCGGUGUGGGUAACGGCGCUCUCGCCGUCGCUGGAGAGCUGCCAGUCUCUGGCACCACCAUCGUCAAUGGCGCCGUGCCAGUGCUCGGCGCUGUGACCUUCGGUGGCAACGUGCCAGCUGCUGGCGCCGUCUCCAUCUCUGGCAACUGCGGAUGCGGAGGUGUCCCAUACGGAACUUUCUAG